GUGCGCGCGGGCGGGGUCCCCAUUGCCUGCCACGCACCCGGACUAGCGACUCCCCUGGGCCUCCUCGCCAUGGACGCGGACGACUCCCGGUCGCGCAAGGGCUCCUUGCGGAAGUUCCUGGAGCACCUCUCCGGGGCUGGCAAGGCCAUCGGCGUGCUGACCAGCUGCGCGGAUGCUCAAGAUUUCUUCGCAUCUUCUCCCUUAUCCAGAAGUGAGGGUGAACGCUGAGUUAUUCACGGGAGUCAAGACACCACACACAGCACAAAGUGACGUUUGUUUCCCUGAAAUGAUUUGUGUGUGUUCACCUUAUAAAUGCAACUCAAUAAAACAGACGUCCACACGGAAGCUGUCCAGGUGGCUCUGGCCAAACCCAAAGAGCAUAAGAUGGCCGGUGCCUAUGCCUUCCAAAUGCAGGUCCCUGGACGUGCAGACCUCCAUGGAUGCCUACACCCCUCCAGGGCUAGAUAAAGGAGGUUCCGGAAACCCUGGUAGUUGUGAAGGUGGCUCCCAGCUCUGACAGUCUUGAACCCUGCGGGUGCGGAGGUCACACAGCAGAAGAACAACCGAGGGAAGCAUCAGCAGGCUCCGAAUAUGUUUGAACCAGAGAUGGCAAAUAGGCUUCAGCCAACUGAAAACACCAGAGAUUCAUGGUGGCCACCUGAGGGGUUGUGCUCUUAAAAAACAAAAAUUAAAAUUAAAAUUAAAAAAUUAAAAAAGGAAGGGGUCAAGAAUCCAUCAGGUCUGACUGAGACAUGUAUCAGUGACUAACACCCCAUAUGGCAAAAGUACUCCGGUGCGCUUUGGGUCCUCACAGCUUCAGCAGUAUUCAAAGGCGUGUGCUUCCCUAAGAGUAAGCCACGGGAAUAGCCCCAGCAACACUGCCAGGAGAAACGUCUAACAUGGAUUUGGCUAGAAAUACAGUUGUCUUUAACAAAUUAACACUGAAUAAAUCCGGACUUAUUAGAGCCUGCGAGAAUGACAUUCUCAAUGAUAACGGUUAUCACUACAAUCUCCAAACAUCUGCGAUCCUGCAAGGAGGAACUGUGACAGCACAGGCCACAAGUCCAGAAUGCUUCCCAGACUGCCUAUUACAGAAUAAAAGAAAUGAACCCACCCAAGAAUGUCUUCACUCACAUUUAGCCAGCUGUUCCUUUGUGUGCAUCUCUGUGCUAACAUGGCCAUUCUUCCCCACAGCUUGAAGUCAUAUGCUCAAAUAAAUGGGACUCACAGGAAGCCAGAAACGUGCAGAUGUGAGGAAACCCACACACAUGAAAUGGGCUGGAGAGUGUGGCCAGGAAGAUGGUACUUCCCAGGAAGCAAUUACUUCAUCUCUGCCCAUGAAGCAGGCAGCUGUCAUUGUCCCCCAGGCCCACGCCAGCCACUCGAAGUAGGUUCUAACCAAACUACCUCCAACAAUCAACAUAAAUACACCACACGAUUGGCUUCUGAAAGGACACCUUGCAACCAACAAGAAUCUAUUAGCACAAAUUUGACAAACUGUGCAACUAAAAACCUUGGAAAGGGAUAAACACUGCCACAUUUUCACUCAAAUACUGUUAGGUGGUAGCACUGCAAUAAUUCAUGGAAACAAAAGAAUGAAUGAGGAAUAUGUUUAUACAGGAAUCAGAGGAAGCAUGACUAAUCAUUUAAAGAAAUAGGUCAAUAAACUGUUAGGUUCAAAUGCUACCGUGAGAUACUGUCAGGGCCUUAGGCAAAUUCACUUCUCUUGGUCCUGUUUCUAGGUUCAUCAAAAACCAGCUUUGGACUAGGGAACCUGUUGCUUUCCAAUGCCUUCUUUCUGUGGUUCCAGCCCAGAUUUUAGGACUGCUCUCCCACUCAGUAUAUGAAAGCACUUUCUAUGUAUAAUAGCAAGAAUACAUUUCUGUGUUGAAUGUGGUUUGGGACCUACUCUAUGAGGCAGAAUACCAUCAUGUAGCUUUAAGCAUGACAACAAGGUGCACUCUAGAUAAGGAUAACACAUAAAAUGUGGCCAUACACCUGUGCGUGCCUGGCAGGGACAUGGGGAAGUCUCAUUUAAUGAAGCCGGGGUGCCUGUUGCACCUUAACAUCCUCAGUCCACAUCAAGUUCACAACGUCCUUCUGACAUCAAACCACAGGUAUCGCAUACUUUUCUACCCAAGAUUAAAAUAUGCAGAGCACCGUGAUAAAGACGCCCCAUCCCCAGCAUGUUGGCUCUCAUUCUGUAGAAUUACAUGCUUUUCAUGCAAAAUGAUCACCAGGCUGCAGCGCCAAGCAAGACUGGGCUCCAUGGGGACAGCGCGCCCUGCAGCAGCCACCACUCCUGUCGCCACAGUCUGAUGCAGCUGCAGAGAACCUGUGGCUAAGGCCAUUCACUUUGUGAGAGAGCCGCACAGGAGGGAAAAGGUAGGGAAGGUAGGGAAGAGGGCAAUGUCAGGGCUCUGAGCCCAAUCCAAGCCAUCCCAUCCCCUGUGACUUGCACGUAUAUGCCCAGAUGGCCAGAAGUAGCUGAAGAAUCACAAAAGAAGUGCAAAUGCCCUGUCCCACCUUAA